AAUGGAGCUAAACAGUCACUAAAGAAACAUGUAAGUAGCAGUCAGUCUACCACGCUCUGCCCUCUGUUAAUCAUUUCUAUCGUUUUUUAAGUUCUUCAAUGGAAGCGGUCGAGCUAUGUUUAUCCAACGGCACUGCGGAGAAUGCUGAUAAUUGCUCAAUAGUUCUUGAGCUCACUGAAAAUGAUCCUUUAUUUGAUAAAAAGAAGAAACUACUACUUGAUAAGGGUUUUGGAGUCAAGGUACAGAUAUACCUUAAGAGCUCUUCAUCUCUUGAUUCAAUAAGUAAUACUUUGGAGAGAAUGCUUCAGAUAGGAAGAAUAAUCCACUUGGAUGAGGUGGAACUCUAUUUUGGUGAACAUGAUACACAACUCGGAUUUUACAGCACUAGGAACGAACUGGAAGCCCUUAACUCCAUGCUUUUGCUUGUGAACAACUCACUCUCUGGUCAAACGUAUAAGCAAGUGAAUGUUUUGCAAGACUUACAAGAGGCAGUCAUUGAUAAGAUCCACAAAAUCGGGAAUAAGUAUAAAGUUGAAAUGAAAAUUGAUAAAACUUAUAUUGGUGAUAAGGAAAAGAUUUUAGUACAAUGGGGUGAAAACAAUGGCGUUAGAACAAAACUGGAGAUUGCUUGUGUAGAAGGAGCUGGUAGAGGAACCAUUGCAAUGGAAGAUCUGAAAGUUGGAGAUGUUGCUUUGGAGAUCCCUGUAUCAAUUAUCAUUUCUGAGGACAUUGUAUACAAAUGUGACCUGUAUAAUAUAUUGCAGAAGAUUGAUGGCAUGUCCUCUGAGACUAUGUUGUUGCUGUGGAGCAUGAAGGAGAAGCACAAUUGUGACUCAAAAUUCAAGAAUUACUUUGACACUCUACCAAAAGAAUUCAAUACAGGAUUGAGCUUUGGAGUUGAUGCAAUAAUGGCUUUGGAGGGGACCUUGUUGUUAGAAGAGAUAAUGCAGGCGAAAGAGCAUCUUCGCAAUCAAUAUGAUGAGUUUUUUCCAGCACUAUGCAAUGAUUAUCCUGAUAUAUUUCCUGCGGAGUUCUAUACAUGGGAGCAAUUCUUAUGGGCUUGUGAACUCUGGUACUCUAAUAGCAUGAAAGUCAUGUUUGCUGAUGGAAAGCUGAGAACUUGCUUAAUUCCUAUUGCAGGCUUUCUUAACCACUCGCUAUACCCACACAUAGUGCACUAUGGCAAAGUAGAUUCUGUAACAAAUUCCUUGAAGUUCCCUUUGUCAAGACCUUGCAGUGCUGGAGAACAGUGUUGUCUUAGUUAUGGAAAUUUCUCUACUUCACAUUUAAUUACAUUUUAUGGUUUCUCACCACAGGGAGACAAUCCAUAUGAUGUUAUUCCAAUAGAUAUUGAUGUUGGUCAGGAUGAUUGUAUUGAGGAUUGUCCCAUGUCAAACUGGAGCACCCACAUGGUGCAGGGUACUUGGCGCUCAAACAAUCACAAUAUUUUCCAUUAUGGCUUGCCUACUCCAUUAUUGGACUAUCUAAGGAGAGUUCGGAAUCCUCUCCAGCAGGAAAAGGACCUUUCACAAGCUAACUUGGAAAUUGAAUUAGAAGUUCUUGAGACCUCCACCCACGUUCAGUGCAUGAUGGAAAUCUUGAGAAAACACGAGUUGGGAUGUGAGUUAGCAAUGGAGUCUAAAGAUCUACAAAGGAAAUUUCUCCUCAUUUUGACUUCGUGUUCUGCUGGUUGCAAGUUGGUUGAAAGUGUUGCUCUGUUGAUUGUGAUUUGUUGUAUGAUUUUGGAGUUGUUGAUUUUUGACCCUUCAAAUAGCAAGAUCAUGAUCAUGAGUCAUGGAGCAUGA